CAUAUAUAUUUCAAACUUGAUAUUGACGAUAGCAGUGAAGCUGCCUCUCCUCCUUCCUCCCAUGCAUCCUCUUUACAAGAGCUCUCUGACCACCUCCACCAUGUAGUCACCUGAGUGCUGACAGCAGAGCUUUCUCCAUGGCAUCUUUCUAAACAACGACUCUUUCAUCCUCCGGUCCGAUCGAGACAUACAGCCAGUAUAUAGGCCACCGUUCGUCAUGCUGCAGAUCGGAGAUGAGGUGGUGUAUUUCUCGGCGGUGUUUCUGCUGGUGGUGUUGGGGACGCGGAGCGCCACUGGUGCCUCCCUCCUCACCGCAUUCCUCUACGUCUUCAUGGUGAUGUUCCGGUUUCCUCCGGUGCCAGGGGACCAGGCCGGCCGCGUCCUCCGGCCCAGGGCUCCAUCAGGCGGCGUCCCGGUGGUUGCGCACCGCGGAGGCAGCCACGAUGCUCCGGAGAACACCUUGGCAGCGAUCAGAGAGGCCAGUAGGAACGGGGCAACCGGAGUGGAGCUGGACCUGAGUUUCACAGCCGACGGAGUGCCCGUGCUGAUGCAUGAUGAGACUGUGGACCGCACCACCAACGGCUCUGGACCUGUUAGCAAACUGCAGUUGGUCAAACUUAAGAGGCUAGAUGCUGCUGCUUGUCACAGGCUGAAGGACAAGUUCAGUGGUGAGAAGGUCCCAACUCUGCAGGAGGCGGUGGAGGAAUGCAUCAGACACCAGCUGACUAUUUUCUUUAAUGUCAAAGAUCAACCUGAUAAGGCUGCAGCAGUGCUUCAUGAGAUGUAUAAGAAGUUCCCUGUCCUUUACAAUUCCAGCAUUGUUUCUUCCUUUGAACCCAAAGUCAUCUACAAGAUGCGUCAGACUGACCCCAACGUGGUAACAGCUCUUAUCCACCGCCCCUGGAGACUGAGCCGCUUUGGCGAUGGCACUUCUCGGUCCCUGUCAACAUCGGGUCAGCUGUGGAUGGGGGUUCUGGACGUCUUGUUGGACUGGGCCCAUCACCACAUACUGUGGAAACUCUGUGGGGUCUCUGCCAUCUUCAUGCAGAAAGACUUCAUCUCACUGGACUACGUUCAGUACUGGGCAGAGCGAGGUGUGGAGGUGGUGGGCUGGACUGUUAACACCGCUGUGGAGAAACACUACUACCAAAACCUGCUGAAGAUUGGUUACAUCACUGACAGUCUGCUGGAAGACUGUGAUCCUCAUUACUAAAUGAUCGCACCCACACGUACAGGGAGGAUUAAAAUCCCAAGUGUUUAGACUUGUUAAAUAGAACAUUUUACAGCUUCUUGGAAAAGUUGGAAGUUAGAUACUCUUUGGUUAGACAUAAGACUACACAACUUCUAUAAUGAAUACAUUUCCCAGAGUCUUGUCCUUUCAAAGACCACACAAAUACUGAAAUAUGUAAAUGAAUUAAUUAUUAAGUGGAGGAAAGCUAGAUAUUUGGUGCUAACUAGCUCUGUAGUGGCAAUCGAACAAUCCAAGCUUUAUAUGAUUUACUAUAGAGGUAAGAACACAUCAUUACCUGCAGCUAGCAUGCAGGUAAUUUCUCUUUUAAAUCUACACACACCUUAAACUAUGAAGACUGGGCUGUAUACUUCCUAGUCUUUAUCCUACUACCAGCAGCAAUACCUCCAGCUCUCCUGGACCAGGGAUUGGGAUUAGGCUACCUUAAAGAUCUUUUCUACCUUUUGUGCUGCUCUUUCAGAGGCUUUAAAGAGACAUAUAGUUGUAACAUUAGACAUGUUGGCAUCAUAUCAAUGCUGGCUGUCAUGAUAUGUAUUUACUAAUAGACUAGAAGAUCUGUUGUUAAUAUUGUGACAUGAUGAUACUUGAUUGUUCAGAAACUUGCCUUCUGUCAUUAAGUGCCACAGCUGCACAAAUACACCAGGAACUUUGAAUUAAAAUGAUAUCUGAUUGUAAGCUUCAAAGGAGGGAAAGUAAUGCACCACUGAAUCCUGACACACAUGUGGUGGGUGUGAGUGUAGGUGUCAAGGCAGAGACGAGUCAACAUAAAGUCCAAAAUACUGUAUUUGUAUGAUGUAACAUCCUCAUUAUGAACCAUCAAAGAACGAAAACUAUUUUGUGAUCAUGGCUGUUGUAAAAAAAAAAAAAGUUGAGUCCAAAUUUCAUCCCAUACACCUGAGAAAUGUUUGACUACAUACAAUAAAACCUGUAAUAUAUUGAUUUAACUUGAUAUCACAGUGCUAGGAAUGUAACUGAGAGGGAGAAAUACUGAUUCACUUCCUUUUAUUUUAACUUGUUUUGCCUGAAAACAUUCUUUACACCUCAAUAUAUUUAAAUGUGCUUAUCAGAAUAUGCUUUUUUUUUAAGUAUUUAAGGAGUUCUUGUCGUGCUAAGAAUGUCUUGUAUUGUCUUAUAUUCUAAUAAGAGAUACAUCAACAUAGGGUCACUCAACAAAAUAUGUUAUGUUCCUUUUUAGGCAGAAAUAAAUCUUUAGAAUGUAAAUUCAGUUUGUAAAACUGAUGGAAGUUAAUAAUGCCUUUUGGGUGAACGUCCUAACUUCUUAUGAAUGUUAAAAAAAGUAUCAGUAUGCGAGACUUUUCUUUGUAUUAAUUUCUGUAAAUGUUCAGCUGGGCGUCUCUGUCAACCCAGCUUUGAAUUUCACCACACACUCAUUCAGUAUGUAGUAAAGCUUGGUUGAAUAGUAAA